CCAAUCGCUGCCGCUUUAUGUGUUUUUUUGCUAGAAGAGCAGAAAUUCCCAGAGUGUGCUCCGGUGCUCCGUAGUUUAGCAACACAGCGGAAGUGUUACCCGUCGGGCGUGUGUGUGUGUGAGUGUGAGAGGGAGAGAGAGUUUAGCGGGGACUCAGGUGGCACGAUGUGGGCUCGCUUGCUGGUCGGUGUCGGGGGUUCGGGGCUCGGGCUGCGGACUUCCAGGGACGGUUUUCUGCGGAUCGUUGGAGCUGGAUGUGCAGGGAAGAGACAGGCUUCAAGUGCAGAUGCUGACUUGAAGAAGACUCCACUGUUUGACUUCCACAGGGAGCAGGGGGGAAAGAUGGUGGGGUUUGCAGGCUGGAGUAUGCCUGUCCAGUACAAAGACAGUCACAUCGCCUCACACAUGCACACCAGAGAGCACUGCUCCAUCUUUGAUGUCAGCCACAUGCUGCAGACCAAAGUCCAUGGCAAAGACAGGGUGAAGUUCAUGGAGUCUUUAGUAGUCGCAGAUAUUGCAGAACUCAAGGACAACCAGGGUACAUUGUCCCUCUUCACCACUGAGGAAGGAGGGAUUAUUGAUGACCUCAUUGUGACAAAGACAGACCAGGGCUACCUCUACGUAGUCUCCAACGCUGGCUGCGCCGACAAGGACUCGGCUCACAUGAAGGCCAGACUGGCAGAGUUCAAAGCUGCAGGUUUUGAUGUGGAUCUGGAGUUUCUUGAUGAAGCGCUGAUUGCUCUGCAAGGUCCAUCCAUGUCUCAGGUGCUCCAGGAGGGGCUGAAAGAGGACCUCAGUAAGCUGACAUUUAUGACCUCCACCUUGGCCACUGUGUUUGGUAUUCCUGGCUGCAGGGUCACUCGCUGUGGAUACACUGGAGAGGACGGUGUGGAGAUCUCCGUCCCUCAGUCCAGAGUGGUGGAGCUGACGGAGAAGCUGCUGGCUAACGGCGAGGUGAAGCUGGCCGGUCUGGGCGCCAGGGACAGUCUGCGGCUGGAGGCGGGGCUUUGUCUCUAUGGCAACGACAUAGAUGAGACCACCACGCCUGUGGAGGGCACCCUAGUCUGGACCAUAGGAAAGCGUCGGCGUCAGACCAAGGAUUUUCCCGGCGCUGACAUCAUUGUACCUCAGAUCAAAGCCAAGACAGCCAGGAAAAGAGUCGGUCUGGUGUCUACCGGCCCCCCUGUCAGACAACACACACCCAUACUCGGCCCUGAUGGGAAGGUCAUAGGUGAGGUGACCAGCGGCUGCCCCUCUCCCUGCCUAAAAAAGAACGUUGCCAUGGGUUACGUGGAUGCGGCAUUCGCUAAGCACGGAACAGCCAUCCAGGUCGAGGUCAGGAAAAAAGCAGUGCCCGCCACCGUCAGCAAAAUGCCCUUCGUCCCCACCAACUACUAUUUUGGAUAGGACGCACACACGCACACACGCACACACGCAUUCAUACAUACAUACAUACAUACACCGUACACUCACACUGGAUCAUUCCAGGACACCAUGGUCCAAUAUUCACCAAUGCUGCCCCCUUGUGUUUACCUCCAACAAUGCAAUUCUUCAUUGGUGAAUCCUCUGAGAGAAAAGUAUCACCAAAAUGGUAACUAUUAUACAAUACAGUAUGUGUACUGGAAGUAAAUUACAAGCAGUGUUGAGUCCAAGACUUUAUGUAUGACAAUAUGGGCCUUGAUGCUCUGGUAACAUGGUUCGUAGACCAAGUUCUGUCUUUUCUUUUUCUAUUUUAUAAGUGGACAGCAGGUUAAACGGAAUCUACUUACUGCACUUUGGGUAAGAACAGAAACCGUGAAGGUGUGUGGCUAUAUUAAACACAAGGAUUAAAUUAACUUUUUGUUGUAGAAUAUUUUUGUAGUAGGUUUUGCUAAUGAAACAUGACGUAAUUUACUCUGUCACUGCUGGACCAAAACAAAGAUGCCAAAUGGUUCUUUUGAUGUUAAAACACUAAAUGUCUGCUUUUUUUUCAAGGUCUUUCAAAUACCACAGAACCACAUUUCUAAUCAUAUUAUUGUUGGUCAUAAACCGCUUGAUCAAUGGAGGUUAAACAGGGCCAACUAUAUAAUAAUUAUAAUAAUAAUAAUAAUCCUUUCAACGCAAAACCCCUGUCUGAAAUAUGCUAAUUAACACAAAUGUGCCAGUGAAGUUGGUGGAAUUGCCAUUUAUGUGUUAAUUAGCAGAUUUUCCACGGAGUUUUUGUUUAGAGGGAUUUUGAGGGAGUUCCAGUUUGCUCUGUUGAUAUGGUCAAAACCCUGACCUCCACAUCAAAUAAAACCUGACCAGACUGUUAAUUGUUAAUAUGUUAAUUGUCAUUAUGUUUGUUCUAUCUGUCAACUAAUGAAAUGUGAUUUCAUUGUCUUUGGACUUUCUGUGGAGCUCUGAAUGUAUUAUCUGGUGAAAAUAAUAACAUACUUAAUAUAGAAAUAAUACUAAUGAUUCAUAGGUUGUCGGUUAUCACUGUCUUGAAGGUGCACUUUUAGCAUCACUGUGGAUUUUAAUAUUUCACUGAGUUUGUAUGUAAACAUUUUGAAUAACAUUGUUUAUUUAAUUAGAAAAUAUCUUCUUUUUAUUAAAGACAAUUUCAUUUUCAUUUCCCCA